GGUUAUCUCUUGGAGCUUUUGACACAUCACACUUAACCAAAAGCUUCUGUAGCAUCAUCCUUUUACAAAACGCAAACGCAUGCAACAAGAUCGAAAUUAAGAAUCAAACAAGCUUCGUCGUUCGAUCACGUUAGAAAGAGAGAGAGAGAGAUGGCAACUUCAGGUGCGAUUUCAGGAGCAACUGUCUCUUCCUUCUUCACCAAAACUGCUUCAACUUCAAACCCAUCUCCCAAACUCCAUUCCUCUGCUUCUCUCUUUUCCCAGAAAUCUGGGUUUCAGGGAGUUUCCUUGGAAGAAUCGAAGAAGAGUGUAUCAGAAAUCUUUGCUGUCUCUGAGAGAAAGAUUGGAGGGUUGAAUGGGUUGAGAAGAUUCGAAAUCAAAGCAAGAACAGCAGCUUCCAAGACAAUAGAGGUUGAAGUAGACAAGCCUUUGGGUCUGACUCUAGGACAGAAGCAAGGCGGUGGAGUUGUCAUCACCGGUGUGGAAGGAGGUGGGAAUGCAGCAAAAGCUGGGCUUAAAUCUGGAGAUCAAGUUCUGUACACAAGUAGCUUCUUUGGAGAUGAGCUUUGGCCUGCAGAUAAGCUAGGCUUUACUAAAACCGCAAUUCAGGCAAAACCUGAUUCUGUCUACUUUGUUGUUAGCAGAGGUGCAGAAGUUGAUGUCAAGAAACUAAAUAAGCGUCCAGCUCCUCCGAGGUUUGGAAGGAAGUUAACUGAGACUCAGAAGGCUAGAGCUACUCACAUUUGUCUUGAUUGUGGAUUCAUAUACACUCUAUCCAAACCUUUUGAUGAACAACCGGAUACAUACGCAUGUCCUCAAUGUAUAGCACCAAAGAAGAGGUUUGCAAAGUAUGACGUGAACACAGGAAAGGCCAUAGGAGGAGGAUUGCCUCCGAUUGGUGUCAUUGUUGGCUUAUUGGCCGGUCUUGGAGCUGUUGGAGCUUUGCUUGUGUAUGGUCUUCAAUGAUUUUUUUUUGAAAUUUUGUAAUGUCAAUCAAACAAGUCCCUCCUCCUCUUAAUCGAGCUUUGUAAACCAAGAAAGAAUGUUGAUGACAUCAACUUGGAAAAUCAAUCAUCAAUCAUUGUAAAGCAUUAUCAGUUUUUCUCCAA